AUGGCUGGUUCUCCGGGGUUGCUGACAUUCAGGGAUGUGGCCAUAGAAUUCUCUCAGGAGGAGUGGGGCUGCCUGAGCCACAGUCAGCAGGAACUGUACAGGGAUGUGAUGUUAGAGAACUAUGGACACCUUCUCUUCUUGGGUCUUGUUUUGUCAAAGCCAGACCUGGUCAUCUUUUUGGAACAAAAGGAGCUCUGGGAUGUGAAGAGAAAUCACACAGUAGCCUCACACCCAGGUAGGUGGGAAUGA